AGAUACGCUCGUGUUGCUUAAGUAAUCGAUAACAAUGUCCUUAAACCCUUAUAUAGAUCGGUAGGUACAAGUCUCAUGAUUUCAAGUGAACAUAACAUAAAUAAUAACUAGUUUAUUCACUCGCUGCUCGGACCUUUUCAUUCGGAGCAUCGCCCUGAUUCGAACUUGACUUUUAGACGUUUCCUCUUUCUUCAUAAUAAAUAAGAUAAAUAUAGAACUGGAACAAUUCUUUAUUGGUAUAAAAAGCUCUGGCAUUGUAGCAAGGAGCAUCAGAAUCACAGGAUUCAUCGACGUAGUCACAACAACAACAACACCUCCCUCAAAAUGUUUGUGAAGUUCGUCGCUAUCCUCGCCUUGAUGGCUGCCGUCCAGGCUUCAGACUUGAGCAGCUUCUCCUACAGCGUGGCGGACCCCUACACCGGUGACUUCAAGCACCAGAUCGAAAACCGAGUAGACAACAACGUGGCGGGCCAGUACUCCCUCCUGGAGUCUGACGGCACUCGCCGUACUGUGGACUACGCUGCUGGCGCUGAGGGCUUCAACGCCGUCGUCCGCAAGGACCCCGCUGUCAUCGCUCCCGCCAUCUCUUACGCCGCCCCCGCCAUUGCCACCCCCGCUAUCUCUUACGCCGCUCCCGCCAUCGCCACCCGCGCCAUCUCUUACGCCGGCAUCGCCGCUCCCUACGGCAUCGCCAAGUUCGGAUCCUUCGGCUACGCUGCCCCCUUCCCAUAUGCCCGUUACUACUAA